AUCUUUGCUUUAUUGCAGGCAGGAAAUUCGUACUGCUACAAGCUCCAUGACAUCGGUCCCAAAACCACUAAAGUUCUUGCGUCCUCAUUAUGGAACACUAAAGGAAUUUUAUGAGAAAAUGCCGGAUUCUGAUAUGAAGAAACUUCUGGCAGAUAUACUGUCUGUUCUGGCUUUGACUAUGUCUGCUGAAGGAGAAAGGGAGAGCUUGAAGUAUAGACUGUUGGGAUCUGAAGGUGACAUUGGUUCCUGGGGACAUGAAUAUGUUAGGAACUUGGCGGGAGAAAUUGGACAAGAGUAUGCAAAACGGCAGAGUGAAGAGGCCCCAAUUGACGAUCUUAUGGAGCUUGUGCAACAAAUAGUUUCUUUCAACAUGAAGCAUAAUGCCGAACCUGAUGCUGUGGAUCUAUUAAUCGAGGUUGAAGACCUUGAUCUCUUGGUGGAGCAUGUGGAUAGCAGCAACUGUAAAAGGACAUGUGCCUACCUCACCAGUUUUGCAAAAUACCUUCCUGGACCUGAUGACAUGUUGGUUCUUGAUAUUGCAUACACUAUAUACAUGAAAUUUGAGGAGUAUCCUCUAGCACUUGUGACUGCAUUAGCCCUAGACAACAUGCAGUCUAUAAAGCAAGUUUUUACGUCAUGUGAUGAUCUUCUACGGAAGAAGCAGUUCUGUUACAUCCUUGCUCGCCAUGGUCAAACGUUUGACCUUGAUAAAGAGAUGUGUGCGGGUGAUGAAGAGAGAGAAGGAUUGCAGGAAAUUAUUAACAAUACGAAAUUAAGUGAAGGCUAUCUUGCACUUGCUCGUGAUAUUGAGGUCAUGGAACCCAAAACCCCUGAUGACAUAUACAAGCCACAUUUGCUUGAUGGCCGAGCUAGUGCGGGAGCAAGUGUCGAUUCGGCUAGACAAAAUUUGGCUGCUACAUUUGUCAAUGCAUUUGUUAAUGCUGGCUUUGGUCAGGAUAAGUUGAUGACGGUACCAUCAGAGGCCACAAGUGGUGGUUCCUCUACCAGCUGGCUUUUCAAAAAUAAAGAACAUGGCAAGGCUAGUGCUGCAGCAAGUCUGGGAAUGAUCCUGCUUUGGGAUGUUGAUUCUGGGCUUGCACAACUUGAUAAGUAUUUCCAUAGUACUGAUACCCAUGUCAUUGCUGGUGCACUAUUAGGAGUUGGAAUUGUAAACUGUGGCAUCAAGAAUGAUUGUGAUCCAGCAUUGGCACUUCUUGCUGAAUAUGUAGACAAAGAUGAUCCUUCAAUUAGAAUAGGUGCUAUAAUGGGCCUGGGUCUUGCUUAUGCAGGUGCUCAGAAUGAGCAGAUCAGAAGUAUAUUGACUCCCAUACUUGGAGAUAAUAAGGCGUCCCUUGAUGUCAUUGCAUUUGCUGCAAUAUCAUUGGGCUUGGUGUACGUGGGUUCAUGUAAUGAAGAGAUUGCUCAGGCAAUCAUAUUUGCAUUGAUGGAGCGAAGUGAGUCCGAAUUGGGAGAGCCCCUUGCCCGUCUCUUGCCUCUGGGUCUUGGUCUUUUAUACCUUGGGAAGCAGGAAAGCGUCGAAGCUACAGCUGAAGUUUCGAAAACUUUCCAUGAGAAGAUCAGAAAGCAUUGUGAUAUGACCCUGCUUUCUUGUGCCUAUGCUGGGACAGGCAACGUACUCAAGGUCCAACACUUUCUUGGUCAAUGUGCCCAACAUCUUGAAAAGGGUGAAACCUAUCAGGGACCAGCUGUCCUUGGUAUUGCAAUGGUAGCAAUGUCUGAAGAAUUGGGGCUUGAAAUGACAAUACGCUCCCUAGAACAUCUUUUGCAGUAUGGAGAACAAAAUAUUAGAAGAGCAGUUCCAUUGGCUCUUGCCCUCCUCUGCAUAUCAAAUCCAAAGGUCAAUGUCAUGGACACACUGAGCAGGCUUAGUCAUGAUUCAGACACUGAAGUAGCAAUGGCUGCUGUCAUUUCAUUGGGAUUGAUAGGUGCCGGAACAAACAAUGCUCGAAUAGCUGGCAUGCUUCGUAACCUGUCCAGUUACUAUUACAAAGAAGCCAACCUUCUUUUCUGUGUGCGGAUCGCCCAAGGUCUUGUCCAUUUGGGAAAGGGCUUGAUAACUCUUUCACCAUAUCACUCUGAACGAUUUUUGUUAUCUCCGACUGCACUGGCUGGACUCGUAACACUGCUGCAUGUAUGUCUUGAUAUGAAGGCCAUUAUUUUGGGGAAAUACCACUAUGUGCUUUAUNGCCGGCCUUUUGUUUUCUUUUUAAUCAGUCAUACGUUUGCUGCUUCUUUGCAGCCAAGGAUGCUGAUGACUGUGGAUGAGAAUUUGAAACCCUUGUCAGUGCCUGUCCGAGUUGGUCAAGCUGUUGAUGUUAUUGGUCAGGCUGGACGACCGAAGACGAUUACGGGUUUCCAGACACACUCAACCCCAGUUCUCCUUGCUGCUGGGGAUCGAGCUGAGCUUGCUACAGAAAAGUACAUUCCAAUCUCGCCCAUUCUUGAAGGCUUUGUCAUCUUGAAGGAGAAUCCCGAGUAUAGGGAUGACCACUAGUCAUGGUACGAAAUGAGUUCACUAGAAGAUUUAAUUGGGCCAGUAUACUUGUCCGUGAGAUGAAUGUCUGGGGACGAUGACGAAGACAAAGACCCAUUUAUUUAGCUCAGGUUGCCUGCUUCAAGAUUAGUCCAUGUGCUGAGUUCAUCGUGGCUAACGAGGUUACCAGAUCUACCUUUACAUAGAAAUGUUCGAAAGAAGAGAAUUGAGUACUGGAUUGUUGCAAGAUUCUAAUUUGUACUCCCUUUUUAGUCUAAAAGGAAAGCAAAAUGACUCCUCUCGGAUAAUCACGGGCUUUUAGAGGUAUAACAUUGGCCAAAUCUUACUAUAUGAAGGAGCUUAGCUAGCGCAAGAAAAUGUUUUUUACUAGUAGCAUAUUUGUACCUGUUAUAUCCUGCCCUCUUGUCCCAUUGUUUUUAACAGCCGCUGGUCACCGAAAUUGAAGUGCAGAUCCUAUACUUUGCUUUCGAUAUAAUUUUCUUUGGCACAUACCUCCUCUUAUUUCA